AUGGUGGCAGAAUUGGAGGUGGAGGUGGGACAGUCAGUUUUUGUGGACGUUGAUAGAAUCUCUGGGAAAGACGUCGAAUUAACACCAACUUUGGCAAGAAGGGGACUGGAGCUUGAUACAGGAUGCGAUUACUGUGGUAACGCUGAAACAUUAGUCCAUGCUCUUGUUGAGUGUCCACGAGUGAGCUUUUGUUGGCAGUUUUUUGGUAUUCAGCUUACUACUGGGAAUUUUCCGACUUUCUUGCAACUGUUGGAACAUUUACACAAGCUGUGGGAGAAUGAAUUUUUUGAAAGUUUUGUUAUGGGACUAUGGAGUGUUUGGUCAACCCGUAAUGAGCUGAAAUGGAAUCAAGUGGAAGAAGGACCUUAUCAUGUAGUUACUCGCGCCAGAAGUAUGCUCGCAUCUUGGAAGAAAGCCCAGCUGAAUCCGUCAGGCUCAGGUACAGGUACAGAUGCUCCUGCAGAUAAUCAAUGGUUUCCACCACCUGUUGGUACUUUUAAAAUCAAUUUUGAUGCAACUCUUCUCCCCUCUGUUGGCCAUGGAGCCGUUGGUGCUGUAAUUUCAAAUUGCAACAGCAGGUUUGUAUCAGCAGCAACGUCUUCAUUACAAGAUUGUUCUUCUCCAGCAGUAGCAGAAGCUCAGACGCUAAGAACGCAACGUCUUCAUUACAAGAUUGUUCUCUCAGCCAGAGCAGAAGCUCAGACGCUAAGAACGGUUGUUGUCUUGGUUGCUAUCGAGCUACUCAAUGUUGUCUUGGUUGCUAUCGAGCUACUCCAACCUGAAUAUUCAGAUUGA